AUGCCCUUGACUACUAGCAGGAAGAGUCGCUUAGUGAUUGUUCUCCUCAGCUUUGCUGUUGGAAGCAACGCACUUCCCACGCUGCGCCAUGGAAACCUUCACGAACAUCCACAACAAUCAGCUAUUUCAGCAAGACGACAAUCAUUUGAUGUGUUUCCUCAUCUUUUGGAUGUAGGAGAAAUGGCAAAUCUGUCUCAUGCCGUGUACAAGUACAAGCAUUACAACUAUGAUGAUGUGUGUGAGCACUGGAACAACGAAACGGCCACAACCAUCACACACGAGAAAGGAGUGACAUGUCACUGGUAUCGUCACGAUAAACACUUGGGAACUCAAGUGAUGAUUGUGUCGUCGAAGGCCAAGGAUUACUUGGCUGUGGUAUUUGCCGGUACGGACGACUUGUUUACAGCCUUACUCGAUGUGGAUGUCCGGAAAAUUCGAUUCGGAACAGACGACUUGUACAACAAGGACAAAACAAAUGCUUCGCGCGUCCCCGUCUCUCUGGACUGUGCGGACUGCAGGGUCCACGAAGGCUUCAACAAUGCCGUCUUUGCCAAUCACAUCUUUGAUGACAUUUACAUUCGGGUAGAAAAGCUUCGCCCAAAAUUCAGUCGUCUCUUCACUACCGGCCAUUCGCUUGGAGGAGCCAACAGCAUCAUGACAGCGCUGGGACUGGCAGUGGAGUUUCAAAAGAAACAUAUUGGCCUCAAGUAUCCAGUCACCAGUCUCAAUUUUGGCUCUCCUCAAGUGGGCAACGUUGAGUUUAGAGACUUUAUCAACUCAAACUUCUUGACGCAUCCCAAUUCUACCCAAAACAGUCCGUAUCUUGUCAUUUGGCGUGUUGUCCUUGGUUGGGACUUGGUCCCACGGCUGCCGCAGUUCUUUGAGCAUAUUGGACACACGGUUCAAAUGAAUAGUCCGGAAUGUAACGACAAGACACCCUAUUGCAUCCCCAAGCGAUGGUUGCCUCCGUACGGAAAUCACGAUCGCGACGCCAACAAGACAAAACAAGCAUUCGCGUUCUACCAUCAUAUUGGUGAUGCAUCAAUGAACUAUUCGGGAGUGCCAGCGUCCUGGUCUGCUACGCCGUACCUUUGGGUUCCAGGUGCUUUGCUAUCCCAUGCUAUUGAUAGGUACGCUACGUUCCUGCAUGAAUGGUUUGUGGACAGCCCGAAGACAUUUGUGCAUGACUUUGUCAAUACCAAUAGUUCUUCAUCGUCAGAUGAUGCCCUUAUUGAUGACGAUGCUUAUGCCGAGCCGCCCGACGACGAUGCCGCUCAACUGUUGGAACAACGAAACAAUGAGGUUCUUUCAGAAACUCCACAACGACUACUGGACGUGGUCAAGAGGUGGCUCUGCAGGUAG